AUGGUAAAACAUACAACUUCCCACACGAGAGUCAAAGGACUUGUCAGCACUGACGUAGCCGACGCUGGCCGGCCGCAGUGCAUUACACUGCAUGUCCCUUGUGGAAAGAUUGAACCCGAGGACAGCUGCUGCAGCAAUAGCUCAGAGGGAUUGUCACCAAGCGACUCACAGAGUGAUCAAGGAUCUGUGCCUUCGCCCAGCUCCGAUGCGGAAGACAAUCUAACAUAUACCAAAGUCCUUUUCCACAGGCCAUCAGGUGCUGAAGUGGUCCGAAGGUUGACGAAGUCUAAUAACGAGACGUUUGUGUGCCUGAAGGUCUUUUGCGAGAAAUACAGAGAAAAGAAGCAUUUCGGAGUGCAUCACUUGCAUCGUCACGAAAAGAAGAUAUACAAGCAAAUUGUUGACCAAGCAGGGAUAUACGUUGGCACAAUCGACACCAGUCUUGGGAUUGCGGAGAAGGGAAUUGCGAUAUGUCAAGAUGUCAAGGCCAUCCUCGAGGAUCCCAAUCUUGAAAUCGUGCUUAUGGUUGACUUCAUGCUGGUGAAGGCGAAAGAAGUCUUGGACGAUGUAACCAGCAUCUCGUUGCGAUUUAGGGAGAUAAGGGUAGCUCUAUACAACGAAAUGCAACGAAUAGCACCGGGGUCGGAGCGGCGCCAGCCUGAGCCAAGUUCAUAUACAGGAGAACACGAACUCGACUUACAAGCAUUGAAACGAAUGGGCGACGAGGAUCUUCUUCAGCUAACCGUGGCCGUCCUGGAUCGAUUUGCUGUAAUCGUCGGGAAUUUCAUUGACUGGUGGAGCGACCUCCGCACCGACGUCAAUAGCCUAACUCGCAGCAUAGGGUUCAUUCGCAGAAACCAAGCAAUUGGCCAUCGAGUCAGGAAGCAAUGGGACGACGUGGAGAAGCAGUAUCGAGGCUACAAUUCAGAGAUAAGAGCUCAGCAGGAUUACUACCAUAAGACGUUGGCAGACCUUGUGGUACCAGUGUCCCGUGUUCACCGUGCAGUCCACCAUGUAGCUCACAAGCUGGGGCUUGAGUACUAG